CAAACUCUUUUGCUCUCUCUAAUAGAUACACACACACAAAAGCAGUCAGAUAUCCAAAUAGACACACACACAUAAUGGUGACAAUCGGCAUCCUGUCGACGUUGCGCCGGUAUGAUCCUUUGCACAGAGUGUGCGAAAGAGAGCAAACAUUUAAUGGGGAAAAAAGACACAGUUGGAGAAAAACUAUCAGAAAUCCCAUAAAAGUCCUUGUGCGGUUGACAUUUGCAAGAAGCGAAGGCUACACACCUUGUGUAUCUGUGUGUGUGCGCGCGCGUAUUGGUGGGCGAGUGUGUGUACGUGCGGUUGCGUGUUUUUACGAUGUGUGCAUUGCUAUUCCCACCGAAGCAUGCCAUGCAUGCGUGUGCUGAUUUCAAGCAGUCCCCGCUAGACUGUUGCUGCUUUUCUACGGGUGAUCAGUGUAUUUGUGUUGUGUAAGUGUGUGGUGCAGGUGGUUUAACAACACGAGCAUACACGUGCCUCCACAGCAGCAGCAGUAAGCAGCCGCCUUGAAGCAAAGCAGCAGCUAAGAAGCAAGAAAGAAGUGGUGAAGAAAAAAUUAAAAAUAGUGUGGAAAACCCGGCUCACGGCACGUCUCUGUGUGUAACUUUGGCUACAACACACCGGUACGCGUGCAUUAUUCUCUAUUUACAAAUGCAAUGGAAAUGAGCUGCCGCAGGCGUUAGAGUAGUGUGCACGCUGGAAUCGCGGGAGAAGUUGGUGCGUCCCAUCGCUCGGUGCUGAUAGUGAUAGGAGGGGGAUGCGGAGUGGGUUUGAGAGAGUGGUGUUGGUGAUUGUGCGGAUUUUGCUCUGCUGAUUACAUAGCAGUGCAAUUUCAAGAGACACAUUUCUGGUCCCGCUUGCCCCAGAAGCGGGUGUGUAUUGGCAGGAGGGUGAAAUUAGUGUAACGCCUGGUGGUGGUGGUCCCGCGGUUCGCACACUGUUACGCGUGUGAUGCACAACCCCCGUACGCAAAGAAAAGAUGUGUGAGCAAGAAGAAGGGUGAAAGGAAAAAUCACAGCAAGAUGUGUGCAUGUGUGUGCGUGUGAUGAUUACCUUUGCCGUAACAGCGCCGAGAAAGAAAGUAUGUGUGAGUGUGUGGGUGCAAGUGGCGGUAUAGCUUGGUGGUGAGAAGCAAUGGAAUGUGAAAAUAGUUUUGAAAAUCAAAUUGCAAUAGAAAAGUAGCCUUAGAGCGAUAGCGGGUGCAUUGUGUGAGGGAGAGAUAUAAUACCGCAAGAGGCAAGAAUUAAGUGAUAACGGUGGGUGCAUUUGUGUGUGUAUGUGCGAGUAUUUAUGCACAAGUGUGCGCGUGUGUGUGGUCACGGUGCGAAAGGUUUAUCAGUGCCCUAGAGCGUGAGUUGGUGAUUAAAGAAAACAUAGUUUAUCUCCCAUCGAUGUGGAGCCAACCCCCACCACCGCCCCUCAAGUGCAAUAACGGUUCUGGUGGAUGAAGUGUGGUGUUGCCUUCCUCCGAAGAGGGCGGUUCCGCCAACAGGCGGUAAAUGGCCAAAGGCCAACCCAACCAUAACCGUGGUGCCGUGCAGGAUAGCGAAGCGCCGAGAAGAGUAAUAUUAGCGCAAACAAAAAUUGUGCCCGAUUAGUAUGUUGUGUGUAGUUUUUAGUUAGACGCGUUUAACCCGGGUGCGUGUGUGUGGGUUAGCCCCCCCCUAGCCCGGCAAAGAUGAUUUGUCAGUGAAAAAUAUUAUAUCGAAAAAAAAACCGGCAGCAAUAAUUAAUCUCUUCCUACUGGUGCAAUCUACGGCGCAUUGCAAGCGCAGUGCAAUGAACCAGUGCGGCCAUCAUCGCGCUACCAUUGACAGAUACAGUAGCAUCGUCUUUUGUUUUCUUCGCGCAGCAGGAGAGUGCACGACGUGUGUCUGCUCUUUCCACAACAUUCACACAUAAACGCAUAAACGAUUAGGACAUAAGAAGAGAUAGACCGCGUCGUCGAUCGAUCGGCAGAUCAUCUCCGUCUUCAUCGGCACUGUCGUCCGCGUCGUCACUCCGGACGACCGGCGUAGUCGGUGAAUUGGACAUGAACAAAUCGCUUUACCCAAGGCACGACGAUGAGCAUGAAAGGAUGGAGCGGAGAGAACGGGAUAAACAGGCCCGUGCCCAGCUACAGGCCGAACGGGAACCGGAACCAACAGCCCCACUAUUUGCAGCACCAGUUAAAGUGCAAAGUCCAUCCGAUAUGGACAUGCACAUCGCGAAGCGACUUGGUAACUUCGAGGUAGUUAAGAAACACAUCCUGGAACCGUCCACAUCGCAUCAUGUUAUCGGAAUUGCCCCAACCCCUUCAACGCCAUUGCGUUCGUCGAGCGCGAUGCCCAGCCUGGUCGCCGGCAGCCACCAUCGGUCGCUUCCACCAAAAACCAAUAGCAAUAGCAGUAGUAGUACCAUUAGCAAUAGUAAUGUCAACUUCGUCAAACCGGCCGACAAUCGCUCCGUUUACAAUGGACGGCCAUCGGGAUCGAGCGCAGGAUGGAACAAUCUACCGGGCCAUUAUACGUCCUCUUCUUCAUCCUCAGCGGGGUCGUUUAACAAACACGAGGCGCACAACUUCUCAUCGAAAGGACCGCCUUCAUCCGUUCCACCUUCACUGAUGAACGGCCGAACCUCGUCAGCGGGAGGAAGUAUCGGCAGCAGCAGUGGUGGAACCGGUGGUCCAUCCUUUGGCAGUGAUAAGUUACCCUCGCAAAUGCCCAACGGUCGACUGUCCCAGGUUGCAAACUCAAAAAUGCCUAGAGUAAACUCAAGUGAUAUUUCAACUCCGCUCAAACAGGGCAGCAACGUGGAGAAGAUAUUGAACGAGAUGAAGAUCAACGUCAUGACGCCGCUGACGGAAAUCGGGGCCACACCGCGCAAGGAGUUGGAAUCGAAGUUUAACUUCAACAACCCGAGCGCAAACCCGAGGCACGUUUACGCCACCCUGCCUUCAAUGUUGGGGCCGCUGAAACCUUUGGCUGGAGGUGCGGGUGGUACCACGAAAUCGUCCCUUUCUGGAUUGGCGAUGCGUCCACUUAGCUCAAAUAUAGAGGACGAUAAUCCAAACAAUGGCUCGGAUAGCGACGACGGUGCAGACGGAGAGUCGAAGAAACGCAAUUCUAGUGAUACCUCAUCGAAUGAAAGCGCAGACGAAUCAUCGAGCGAGGACUCUAACAUUGGCAAUAAAUUGGGAGGAACCGUUCCCGUGGCAGGCGGUCCAAUGGCUGGAGGAAUGAAUGGAAAUGGUGUCAGCGGAGCAGCAGGAGAAGGAGCGACUGGAGCGGCUGGAACAGGAAAUGGAAAUGGCAAUAGCAGUCCCGUGCGGAGGCCAAGCGAUUGGUCACUGCUGAAUUUCCUAAAGCAGCCUACCAGCAAUAGUCAACAAGUGCCAACAAACGAAAGUGCUCCCCAUGUCGGUGGUGGUGCUGUUGGGGAUCGCACUAGUGCCCAUCAUCAUCAUCAACACCAUCACCAAAACUUACACCACACACAUGAAGAAAAUUCCGUAUCAUCUCCAUUGCGACAGCAAAGAUUAGGCGGUUUAAGUGAAGUCGUACAAGGAUUCAUCGCAUCCCCUAUUGCGGACGGACGCUCUGCGACGGUUGCACCUGUAAAAAACGAACCCCUGGCGCCGUUGGACGAUGACCACCUAUCAAACGCAAGCAGUAACGCGAGCAAUAGCGAGCUGCCUGCAGGCCAGGGUGUAUCUUUGUCCUCCGGUAUCAAUGCAGGAUCCUCAUCGUCAUCGUACGUAAAGCAGGAACCGUAUCCCAGCGAAAACAGUGCCUCGCCACCCGGAAUCAAGAGUGAGCAAAAGGAUGACGGUGCCGAUCGGUUAUCGUUGUCUAGUCCUGCGAAAAGUCCGGAGCUGCAACAUCACGUCGGUAACUAUAGCCUCCACCAUCGCCAACAGCAACACCUGUUUAACGACAGUGUCGAACAGGUAGAUGUGAUAUGUGCCCUACAGGAAGCCAAAGAGUUUAGCCUGAUCAAACCCAUCUCGAGCAUGUCGGAUUCCGAUUCGGACGACGCAGAGAUACCCUCAAUGGUCGGUGGCGACCUUGAGCAACAGCACCGUGUAAAUCUCCACCACGUUAACACCCAUAUGUCCCAUCAACCGGAUGGGGAACCGGUGGCGGCGGGAAAUGGUGUAGUGUUAGCGUCAACGACAGUUAACGCUGUCAAAAAGAAAAAGUGGAAACGGAAGCUUAUAGCUGGAAGUGGCAAUGAGCGUGAAACUCGCGAUAGUUCAACAAGCAGCAGCGAAGACGAACGAUACGGUGCAGCGCGAAGAAGUCGAUCACAGUCCUUUGAGAAGGAAAAGACGCAUCUGAAACCGCGGGGUCGAGUGCGUAAAGGACACAGUAGCAAUACUCAUGGUAGUGGUGGUGGUGGAGGUGGUGGUACUACAAGUGCCGCAUCCAGUGCUCGUUAUUCAGAUGCAGACUCUAUAACGAGUGGAGGUGGACACCGGUCAAGCAAAACGUCCUCCCAUGGGUCAACACCUACCAAAAAAGGUAGCGCCUCGUCGGCUAUAAAUUCGCUACCGUACGCUCACGGUGAUACUGGAGCUGCGGGUAUUAUGAGUCCUCCGAUUAGCAUUCCGUCUGUUGAUGGAAUCGUCCUGUCGAAAAAGGCAAACUCCCGCAAACCGCGCUCGUCAAAGAUUCUCAGCAGCGAAACAGUGCUUUCCACCGAGAGUAGCUCCUCUUCGUCGGGUUCGUCGGCUGAGGAGGACGGAGUAGCAUCGUCAGGAGAGUCUGCGGACUCAAAUUCUGGUCACGAACGAUCUACACCCGCACCAGCUGAUCCCGUUGUGCCAGUGAUGAAGGCGAAGAAGCAUAAAUCGAAGAAGAAGCUGGACCAAAUGGCACCGGCUGACGUUUUGACGAGCAACAUAUCAGCGGGCAAGGGAAAUGGAUCGAUCACCAACGAUGUUUCUAUGAAAAAUGGACCCAUCAAUGGAAGCGGCAGUAGUCGGAGUAGCAAUAACUAUCAUCUACACAAUCUUUCAUCCGACAGCAAUGACGAGAGGCCUUCUUUAAUAACAUCGCCCUUCCAAGGCAGCGGUGGAAGGUUAGGAGAAGUUGCAACUAGUGGAAACCUUCCCAAGAAAUCACAUAAACUAUCAAUCAGUCAGACAUCAGUCGAUGAGGAAGAAUCCCGUGUGCUCAACUCCAACGGAAACAAGACUGUCGACGACGACGAUGACGACGACGAUGAUGAUGAUGACGAUCGCUCUGAUUCUCACAGCGAUAGUGAUAGCGAUACUCCAACCAAAAAAGAAAAGAAACAAAAUAAAAAUAAGAAAGCGGCUCUCUUUGCUCGGGUGUUUAUCAACACAGCUGCUGCCAGUGGUGGCAAGGGAAAGGGCGGCAAAGGAAAGGGUGGAAAAGGCAAGGGUCAAGUUUACAUUGACCACGUUGAUGAGCUGAAUGUGGCGAAAAGCAAUGGAGCUUCGACGACACCAAACGCUAACAAUCAAGCUGGAACAGCAGCUACCGAGAUGCGGCGAUCGGCACAUCAGCACCUCACCGUACCAGGACUGGUGGAAACUUCUCCCAGGCCACCUUCUGCCACAGGAGAGAGUCGACCCAGCAGUCAGGGAACGGCAGGGUUAGCGGCGGCCGUCUCACCUACACUGGACAAGAUGCUCUAUUCACAUACCAGUGGUGCCUUAAGCAACAACAAUGUUUCGCUCGUUUGUCGGAUCGAUCUAAGUCGUUUGUUAAAAAUUCCACCGCCACCACCACAGAACCGGCCCCAGUCUGGACUGCGGUCACACGAUAACUACAACGCACACCGCAGUGCCUCUUCCGCGCGACAGAAGAACAAAAGCCCGUACGAUCAGCUGCACGGUAAGCGGCGGCGAAGUUCGGUGGGCCAGCAAGACCACCACGAUCGCAGUGGCAGCUCAGUGCACAGUUCCUCCUCGACACCCAGGCUACUGGAUGAUCGUGUGUCGUAUGGUGGAAGCGUUCCCAAUCGACUACUGGCGGGUGAAUCAUCGCCAGUGCUAGAAAAUGGAACUAUUGGAUCCUCCGAGCGACACAGAAGCAAUUCCAUCAACAGUGACCACAGUGGUGCCGCCCAGAAGGCGCGAGAUUAUCGCGCAGGACUGGAUGCUUCUUACGGAAAUAAUUCACCUUCGUUGCACCAUCGGCAUCAUCCGCAAACCACCUACACUAACCAUCAUCAACAUCUUGCCAGUCAAUCCGACGCCGGGCCAAAAGGCGUCGAAAGUGACAAGUACGACGAAAAAUUGUUGACAAAAUCCGAAAAACUCGGCUACGACGACCAGCGUUUGAAGGAGGACAAGACAACUUCCCUACUUUACGGCAGCAACCGUGGCAGCGGUGGUGGAAAAUACUCCAACUAUGGGGGAGUGAUAAAGCAGGAGAGCAGUACGCCAGCAGCUCAAUCAUUGAUUAAACAGGAGUACAAUAGGGACGAUUUGUUGACGGAUAAUAAGCUGGGAAAGCCGACCAUGGGACCUACGUUGACAAAUGGUACAGCAGGAGAUGGAGAUACGGGAGGCAGUGGACGAAUGCGUAAGCGAUCCGUCAGCUCGGGGAGUAACAAUACGUACAAGGAGAAGCGCCGGAAAAAGGAUAAAACAUCCGCCAACUUACAGACUGAUCAACUUGACCAACUACCACCAACCAAUCACGAUCGGUUAGAUGAAAGCUCAUCGGGAGCAAGCUCAGGUCGUACAGCGAUAGCAAUUGAGAGAAACGGACAACAGCAUCACAGCAGCACCAAUGUUCAAGGGCAACAGCAGCAACAACAUCUGACGGUCGGUGCUAAUGGGUUUGAUUCGGGCAUUGCGCCCGCAACAGGCGGUGAUAUUGGACCACCAGCAGAGGUCCCGGUGCAAAUCAAAAAGGUGUAUGUGUCGUACUUCGAACGCAACGAGGAAGUACCGGAAAUACGGGACCAAAGCCGAUUUCUCUCGGAAGCAAAGCGGUUAAAGCACGCGGCCGAUCGGGAAGGAGACCAUUUAGCACAAGCAAUGCUGUACCUGGAAGCCGUGCUGUUUUUCCUGCUCACUGGCGACACGAUGGAGCGAGACCCGAUUACCGAGAAAGCUGCCUUUACGAUGUACAAAGAUACGCUUUGUUUGAUUAAGUUCAUUUCGUCUAAAUUUCGUAGUCAACUGCAAAAUCAAACGAUGCAGGGUAAUAUCCACACAAAGGUGGCGAUUCUCAGUUUGCGCUGUCAAUCAUUGAUCUAUCUCAAGUUAUACAAGAUGCGCCGAAUGGACAUGAAAGAAACGGGCAAGACAAUCGGCGAAUUUAAUCACAAAACCAGCACAGUACCGGCGGAGCUAGCUAAUGGUAAUACUCCGUCUCCACUGUCGCCCACGUCGGUUGGUUCGCAGAGCUCUGGUUACAGUUCUGGACAAAACAACCACGUUGGAUCAAUGCCGCCGAUGAAUUCUUCUCCUGCUCAAUGCAUUAUAAUGCCAAUAAAUGUCCAUGCAGCGUAUCAAAAGCAAACUACGUUGUUUACUCAUCUUUCCACUUGUCUCGAUCUUUGGGAGCAAGCGGAUAGCUUAGUGUCACGCGGGAACCAUGUCGAAUUUUUCAUCGAACUAGAUCACGAAAACGGGCCCAUGACGCUGCACAGUUCCCUGUACAAUGUCGUAAAGUACGUACAAGCUGGGAUUCAGAAGCUUCGGCGCAUGUAACAUUGGGUCAUGCUGGUAGAACCGGUGCAGAAGCAGCUAGAACCGUUCUAGCCAGUUAGAGAACUUUCUUAUUAUGACAAUAAUGACCAACGACGAGCAGACGGGAAAGGCUGAAGAAUAUGGAAGGCCGUACGAGACGGACGCAAAAGCCUCUGCUUGAACAAAUAUCUUUUCACACUCUUAAGUCUAUCCACAGCAUCGCUUUCUGUCAAUAUAACAUGACAGAUAAAUUGGACCAGUACCGUUCUGUGUAUUACCAUGCGAACUACAUAGUAUCCAAAAGCAAUCCAUAAGGCGCAAAUCACAACUUUUACAAUUUCCAGAGCUAUGUUGUCAAUGGUGUUUGUUGCGUUACAUGAUUCUCAAAGUGACGUUACGAACGUAAAUUCAACUAUAUGUCAUAACAUAGAGCGUUUCUUCAGUUAUGUGAACGAUUGCAAUGUACCAAUCAAAUGGUUAAAAUGAGAACAUAAGUUGGCCGAACACUAGAAUCCAGCCGAAUGCUGGUGGGAAUGGCAAAAUCAGCAUACGAAAACAAUCAACAACAGCAGCAGCAACAACAGCUUCGUGAUCUUUGGUGAACCAAAAUGGCUCAACUGUACGCUUUUGUUAUUUUCACAGCCGUAGAGGCAACUAAGUAAUCGUAUUUGUUAUACAUGAACCACACUAGAGAGGGAGAAAGAGUUGGCGGUAUAUUAGAAUAAUUUAUAUGUUGGUUUGCUUUGUCGUUAAACAUACGCAUGAAUGAUGAAUUAAGUUAUUGAGAGCAACUGCAACACUGUGUAAAAUUAUCAAGCUAAGAGAUGAUAAAUGGUAAAUAGUUUUAUUUUGUUGUGGAUUAUCGUUUUGAAAAGGUGUCUGCCAUUAUUUUUUUUUACAAACUUUAGUCGUUUUACUGCGAUAGGCCAAUUGCAGGAUCUUACCACAUUUUUUCAUAAAACCAUCAGCUAAAGGGCGCUAAAUUAGAUUGUGCUUCAUAGUGGACUGAUAAGAGAAGCAGUUUUUGUCUCUUAAGGCCGCGUAUUUCGUGCUUAAAUUUGUCUGAGGCGUUUGAAUCGUUAAUCGUUCUUAGUAAGAGAUGCAUUGUUUUGGUCGGGCAAAGCCAGACGCGAACAGUGUUGGGAACAGUUUAUUCUCAUCGAUAUCAGCAACCAUUUCCUAUCCUUCUUAAGGAAUAAUCAAAGACACUACUAUUGAACCAUCGAUGAUCCCGUUCCUAGCAAUUGUAAAACAUGUAAUUGUAUCAUGGGCCAAGGCUGCGCGGAGGCAAGGAAAACGCAUAAUUUUCUUUUAUAUACACGGUAAAAAGAAGUAUCCACACAAACAGCUACAUUUAGUCAAGGGGUACAUAAAAUGGUGGAACAUUAUGAAUAAGGCUAUUUUAUAUGUUGUUUAUAGAGUUUUUAAUUAUUUACAUGCUUGAUGCUCACGUAAUAGAAGGAUCACACACACACACGAAAGACUUAUCAAAGAGACAUAUAAAUGGCAAGACUUUUAGUAAAGCACAGAAAGAGAGCGCUUGAAGUUUGUUACGAAACUUAGGAGAAGCAACUACAAGAAAGGAGUUAAAAUAUGAAUAGAAACCGAAAGAAGGAUACACAAAAGUAAUGCAACAGUAGUUUAAUUUAUUAAAUGAAAAUACUGUGCAGCAAUAGUAACAGCUCUAAAGCGAAGGACAAUGAUCCGUCUGCAUGAAAGAUAAGUUAGAAAAUUUUUAGUCAAAACCAUACUCUACCGCUAGUUUCGCCAUACACUUGUUUUAUCUACCUUGUUCUACACACGUAGUCGAGUAAAAAGUUGGGUUUGGUAAGUCGUUAACGAAAGUUUGCUAGCAAUACUAGUUAAAUAACGUCACGGAAUGUGGAGUGUGACAACAGGUGGUGCUGCAAAGAACAGCAAUGCUUUUUUUCUCUCAAGUCUAAACGUCACAAUUAUAUUAUCAAAUACAAUUAUGUUUUAUAUGCUUCUCUUUAAACUGUAAGUGUACAACACUUUUGCUACCGUUAAUUAAUACACUCUCACUUUCGUACAAUUCUUCACGACAUUUUCAUUGUUUGGCAGGUUGUGUCUGUGGAGCAGGAACAAAGGGAAUAAGGUUUUCUCGUACAUGUGGAGAUUAAGUCAAACGAAACGUAACAUUUGAUUCGCAACACUAGAAGUGUUGCUGGAACCAUUACCAUUGUCAAGGAAAGUCUGCAUGAACCUGCUGGAUGGAUGGAUAAUAAACUUAUUUAAUUCUUUUGUGCGACCACAGCAACCAAUAGCUAAACAGUUGAUAAUUAUUAUUAGGCAUACAAUCAACUCCAAAGAUGAUAGCAAAAGUAACUUGAAAUAGCUCAAUAAACCUACAUUCAAAUGUCCUACCUAAUUAUUCUUUGCAAUGACAAGUGUUGCGACGGGAUUAUAGUUUACGUUUGGGAUCGAAUCUACAAUUUGUUCUUGCAACAAGAGAUCUUUACAAAUGCAGUAAGCUACCAUUUGGCAUUCGGACCAGCCCUGUUAUAAAUUGCCUUUUUUAAAUGUAAAAACCCUUUUAAUGCAUGGCAACAACGCCAGAUAGGCGUUAUUGAAAGGUGUUUCUGACGAAGCGGAUUAACUAUUUAUUUUACCAUGUUAUCACUUUCAAAAUUGUGCAUGCGUUUUUAACGAGAAUCAAAUGGUUUCACAUCAAUAGUACUCCUCUACUUCGGUUCUUACCCUAGAUGAAUGAGUGUAAUUGGUCAUGGUUAAAUUGAGAGGGUUCAUAGAGAUUAUUUGCUACAUCUAAUGGAAACGUAUACUAAACCGGGUAGUAAGAAGCAUCAAGUUAGCAAUCACGUUCUAGCCCGUGCAUGGCUAUGUGAAAUGUUUUCACAUUUUACAAAUCAUACAGUUAACUUUGGUGUUUUACUAAACCCUUAAUUUAGUUGCGAUUCAAUGUGGUAUCAAUCGUCCCGCAAUUCAUAACACGAUCCUGCAAUGAACAUUCACACAAUUAUAAGUUUUCCCUGCUUUUGUAUGUGCCACAAUAAAAGAAAUCUCGUGUAAUAGGAAAGUGGAAGGAACCUGCAAGAAUUCAUGCAAUUCAUGUAACUUACUAUUGGUAAAGAGAUGUCCUCUAGAGGAGAUAGAAUGAGAAUGUAUUGUGGGUAGGCAAAAGUGUGAGAAACCACACAACAACAACCAAAAGAAACACCUAUAUUCACAAAGUGCAACUCAACUCAAAGCAAAAGCAACAACUAUUGAUAAUUUAAGCGACGAAUGGUAAACACACUGGUAACAGGAAAGCUGCGGGCGACUUUGCACCAAACUCUUCACAAAGAGCAACAAACUGAAAGCAUUACUAAACUAAAAGACUAUAAUAUUGUACGAAACCACAACACACGAACCACUUAAACCCGAUCACGAAGAGCAAUGGUAAUUAGGGCCGGAAGAUGAUCUAGAAGAUGAUUUCACAUUUGAUGCGCAUUACUUUUAAAAAGGUGCGUAAGAAAAAGGGUGUGGAGCGAGUGCAAAACUAACUAAUACACCACAAAUGUAACAGCAUUAAACGUUGAGGAAACGGAUACGUUGAAAGUGCAACAAAACUAUAGAUGAAAUGGUCGUGACAGAAUACAAGCAUCUAUACAUAUAACAGCCGGUAUGAAUCAAAGUCCGAUUUAACGGUAAAUGAACCGGUCGACUCAACAAGCAACAUAAAGUUAAAUGAAACCGAAGCUUAAAGUGUAUUGUGAGAUAUUAUAUUAAUACUAUACAUCUAUAUAUAUAUAUAUACAUACGUACACAUCGAUAUAUAUAUAUAUAUAAAGCUAUAUAUUGUAUACAGAGUAGAGUUGAUCACGCUGUGGGAGCCACAAUUGAAAUAUAGAGAUAUAAGACAUCAUAGGGAAUCAACGAGAUAUAAAGAAGAAAGAAAACUAAAUAGGAAACGCAGGGGGGAAAUUGAAGAACAAAACUUAACAGAUGUAUCGGAAAGAAGAGAUUAGAGAAAACAUCUGCAUUUUAAAGCAGCUGACGCAAUUGGGCAGAAACUAAAGCAACACACCUACGGAUCAUGAACGAAUAGAUUGAAGAGAAGUAAAGCUCGAUUUUAAGCAAACGAAGGAACAGCACAUAAAGCAACAACAAUUGACUUAGAGUUACUAUGUAAAAUAAACACACAAACACACAACCCACAACCUAGCAGCAAUGAAACGAAACGUGUAGCAAACGUGUAGUAAGUUAAACUAUAUUAAUUAGGAAACUCAACAAGAAGCAAGCAAGACAAACAAACAACUAAUGGAACACAACAGCCUCUCAACAGUGGGUGGCAACAUCUUGGUGUUACACAAUAAGUAAAAGAAACUCCUUAUUUUUUGUUUCAUUUGGAGUAUUAUUAUUAUUAUUGCAAAUGCUGUGCAAUGCAAUGCAAAAAAAAAAACGAUAAACUAAUGAAAAGGGACGAAACGGGGGUGGGGAGUUUAUUUAUGGUGAUAGACAGAAGGCACACAAAGGAUGAUGUGACCAAAAAAAUGAAGGGAAGAGAAUCGCGCUUGCAGGUUGCCCUUUGGGAUUAACGGCCGCAGGAUUGUAUAAAAAAAAACUGAAACAGAAACACAAAUUCGUAACAGAGUAGAAUUGUAAAUAAAUUCUAUAUACACAGUACUAGUAUAUACCAUUAA